GUUGUUUGCGCGUGGUGUCUGAGCGAGUUUUUACCUCGAUAAAAAUGAAGAUUACUCUCCUGACUUUGGUCUUCGUCCUGGUUUCAGAGGGCCUAGUGAAGGGAGAUCUCCAACUUAAAGCCUUUCGAGGAGGAAGUAUCCUCAUUAAGUGUAAAUGCCCAUUUGAAGGACUGUCCACUGAAAGAAACAUCCGGUACACUCCGUUUGAUAACACUGCUAACGGAGUACUAAGUGUCCGCAUCCAACACCUCACUCCUGAAGAUUCUGGAAUGUACCUCUGUAGAAUUAACAGUGUGGCCAAACACAUCAAAGUGAGACUGGACGUCAAGGGAGAUGUUUGCUGUGGCCAGCCUCUUGAUGUCAUUGGUCAAGUGGGGGGCAGUGUUGAUAUUAGCUGCAGGUAUCCCCAGGAGUCGACUAACAUCAGCAAACACCUCUGCAAACUGAGCCCGGAGUCCAUGUGUGCAGACCUGAUUGCAUCCAAAACACAUGAGACCAGGGGAAGGUUCUCCAUUGUACAUGAUAGAGACCAGGAACUCUUCACCGUGACGAUCAGAGAUCUGACCAGGACUGACUCCGGGGUUUACUGGUGUGGGGUCAGGACUGGGGGCAUCAGUGGAAGCAUGGCUCUGAUCACAGAGGUCAAUCUACAGGUCAAACAUGAAAUUACAGGUCAAGAGCCACCGCCUUCAAACCCACCAUCAACUUCAGCAGCAACACCAGGAUCAGCUAGUAGUCAGCCUAUGAUUGCAGCGGUGUGUGGGGGUGUAGCUGUGAUGGUGUUGACCCUUGCUGUGUUCAUGCACUUCAAAUGCACGCGUGCAAAAGCAUCAGAGCCAGCCUCCUCCUCCAGCACGGACUCCUGUAGAGAGACAGGAAACAAGAGAGCACCCCAGGUGGACUGUGUGUAUGAGGAGAUCCAGGACAGCAGCAGUCCAGAGGGCAGCUCACCUGUGGCGGAGGGUGUGUACGCUCUCGCCGAUGCCCCCGCUGAGCCCUCGGACGACCCCGGGUACGCCACCGUCAGCUUCAACAGGAACCCCGACCGUCACGCUGAGGCCGCCUCUACUGCAAUGUCCAGGAGAGAUGAGAUGGCAUCGGACUAUGCCACUGUUUGUUUGGAAAAUCUUUGAGCAGUUUUUUUUUCCUUUUUAAAGACAUUUAGGCCAAUUCAGUAUGCAAUGGAUUGUGUGUUUAUCAUAUUUUGAUAUUAUUGUGCAGAGUGUUUGAAUUUUGAUUGCCAGUCUGUUUGUUUUGCCAAAUGAUGUGAGGCUUUGAUUCCUCUAGUGGCCAAUGAUGGUAACUGUAAGAUGACAUUUUAGAUGUUUUUUUUUUUUUUGGGGGGGGGGGGGGGGGUGGAGAGGUGGAGAGAGAAAAUAGCUUGUUAGUUUUUAACUGUGAGAGUGAUAGAAAGAGAAGUAUAUAAAUAUCCUUACCCUUCAUUUAAUCAAGCUCCAUGAAACUGUUUGUGAACUAGCUCAGCCUUCUUUGCUAAUACAAAUGCUUAUGAUCAUACAUUUACCAAGUUCCCUAUGGACAUUAUUUAAGUUGCUAUACAUGAUUAUGCUUUCUUGACUUGAACCAGUAUUGCAAAGGUUAAAUUUGUUGUUAUAUGCUUAAAAAAUGUGCAUAGUACUGUACCAUUGUAUGUUGGUCAGCUUGAUUACAUAUGCAAGCCAAGUUUCAUAUUCAGGGUCUCAAGGGGGCACUGUAUCAUUUAAUGCUUAUAUAGGAGACAUUGCAUAUUAUUGUGUUAAUCUGUACAAUUUCUGUGUGCUUACAUUUCUGAACCACACACACACACACACACACACACACAC